CUGUAAUAAGAUGUUACAGGGUAAUAAGGCACUCAGGAGCCGGGUUACUGUAAUAAGAUGUUACAGGGUAAUAAGGCACUCAGGAGCCGGGUUACUGUAAUAAGAUGUUACAGGGUAAUAAGGCAUGUAUAAAUCAUUCUUUUUAUUUUUUCCCCAGUUUACGAGGUUAUCCAUGUGAACUCGACGAUUCCAUACUGUUACACCACAAAUGAAUUUGAUCUGGUUUGCUUCUGGGAGAGCGAGGAACUAGAAAAUUCAACAUACACCUUUCAGUAUGAAUACGAGUGAGUACAAUGCAUGUAGUCCUGUCCCUCUAUGUACAGUCACAUUAUCACACACGUAGUACAGAGGUUUGGGUAUAAAGUCCCUCUCUCCACAAUGGCAGGAGAUGGCUCUCAGCAAUGCUGGACAAUCCCUCUGCGGGAUGUCAAUAUCUUGUUUUGAAUUGUUUGAAUUCUCAUAAGAAAUUGUUUGUUAUAAAUAAAAUUCUCCGUUAUAUUUUAAUUCAGUUCUGACAGCCGACCAGAGUAGACAGAUUAGUUAUUUUUAUUUUAUCAAGAUAAUUGAUGGAAAAACAUGAUGAUUGAUCGUUAGGGGACAGCCCUUAAAUGUUGAUUUUAUUUUCACAGAUCGAGUGACAAGUUACCAAUAGAAGGGGCACAAGGAGGAGCAGUAAAAACAAAUCUACAUUUCUAUGUUAUAUAAUUAAUAUAUAAAUACAUACAUGUAGAUAUAUUGUUUUACAACUUUUCCUGUUUUUCCCUCUGUUGGUUACUUCUCACUUGAUCUGUGAAUUAAAUGAAGCAAAAAGAGUGUAAUGUAUUUAUAUUUUACAGUACCCUGAUUGGCCAAUUUUUCCGCCCUUUUUGCUUCUCGGAACCAUUUUUCCCGAAACGAUUGCAUGUGCAAAAUUAAUUCGAACCAAAACGCUACAUGGACAAAUCAAAAAAUCACCUGAACAAAACUCUGUUGAACAAAUCAAUUUUGACAAACCAAGUGUUCACCAUGCACAAGUCUACUGGGCAUCCCCUGGUCCUGUUGCCACUGGGCUAAGUGGCCCAUCCAGCCAGCACAGAGGCAAUAUUAGCUCCUCUAACUCAUAGUGAGAGGGGAGAGACCCUGCUCUCUGUGGUAAAUACUGGGGAUCUCACAGAGCACAUCCUUGGUUUUAUUGGCUGAGUAGUGGCUACAAAACUUUACAGAUGUUUAGUGGUUAUUCGGCUUUCAUUUGCCACUUCCGCCAGGUGUUCACCCAGCAUUAUGCUGAGCUGAUGUCCCUUUGUUUAUCUUCAUUUGACCCUGACAUAUGCUACUGUUGAGGAUCAAGGAUGAGAGAGUGCAUUAAAUGCAUUUAAGAUAGAAUUCCUUGGGUUGGUAUGACACUAUCUGUCAAAGAUAAGGGAGGUAGCACUGAAUAAUAGGUAACUCCGCUGCCAUGUUCCAAAGUACACUAAACAGACUUUCAAAAGCACAAAAUAAACCAGCGAUCUGCAACACCAACAACAGAUAAGAAAGAGAGUUUCAUUCCUCCAAUGUGGACCUGGUAGCAUUUCAGACCUUUGUCAAGUGUAGACUAUCAGUCGAAAAUCUGAGUAUACUUUUUAGAAAAAAAAAAUUAUAUUUGUAAUAAUUUUCCUUGAAACUGGUACAAAUUUAAAUAGUGACACAAGUUAUAUAAAAUAAAUAUAAUGAGCUUGUUUAAAUACUACCUGAAAAGGAGGGAAAGCAAAGGAGGGAAACCAUAAUGAGCUCACCCAGUCUCCACUCCUUCAAAAAAUCGUUAAAAACCCAUUUCUUCAUAAAAGCGUGUCAAUUAAACUGUUAAUAGCUCCUGACUGAUUUCUCUCUUGCAACUGUCACUAGUCUAAUACUAUCCUUACCUUUUGUGUCACUUUACCCCACUCCCUCUAACAUGUAAGCUCAUUGAGCAGGGCCCUCAACCCCUCUGUUUCUGUGUGUCCAUCUUGUCUGGUUACAACUACAUGUUUGUUCGUCCACCCAUUGUAAAGCGCUACGGAAUCUGAUGGCGCUCUAUAAAUAACAUAAUAAUAAUGAUCUAAUUAUUCAGUCUACGCAUUCUCCAAAUUUUGUAUUCUAUAGAAAUUGUAUUAUAUAGAGAUUCAGAGACAAUUUCUAUUUCUGGCCAAUAUUAUCCUGAAAUAUCAAGGAUGCUGCAGCCCUGUUAGACUGAUCUGCUGCAGCCCUGUUAGACUGAUCUGCUGCAGCCCUGUUAGACUGAUUGCUAUGCAAGUCAUAGAUUUGCUGGUGGAGCUCUGCAUGGCUGGAUAACGUUUCAUACAGUCAGUGUACCCUAAAUAAUCUCAUCUUGACAUCUUGGUACUUUGAAUCUUAAAUUCUCACAUUUUUUGGUGGGUUUUGCAGAGCAGUGAAUUUAUAGGAAAUGUUUCCAUGAAUUAAAAGAAAAUGUUCUCUUCUACCCAGACAGAGUUCAGAACUCUGGGAAUCCGUAGAAUACAGAAUAGUGUUACCAUUAAUUCUCGUAGGGAUAGAACUUGGCAUUUUGCCCAGUCCUUUCUAUGACGACUGCAGUUGAUAAGAUAAUCCCAGCGUAUGUUAUUCCAGACAAUAGUCACAUAGUUGCCAAAUGUCUCCCGAAAUGUCGAGAUAGGGCACAUCCUUUUCCUGCUGACAGAGUGUUUCACACAGUGAGGUAAUUUUCAAAGCUGGCAAGAUCUAUGGCACAUGGUGGCACACAUUCCUACCCAGCCUAUGGCACAUGGCGGCACACAUCCCUACCCAGCCUAUGUCACAUGGCGGCACACAUCCCUACACAGUCUAUGGCACAUGGCGGCAAACAUCACUACCCAGCCUUUGUCACAUGGCGGCAUACAUCAUCCCUACCCAGCCUAUGUCACAUGGCGGCACACAUCCCUACACAGCCUAUGGCACAUGGCGGCAAACAUCACUACCCAGCCUUUGUCACAUGGUGGCAUACAUCAUCCCUACACAGCCUAUGUCACAUGGCGGCAUACAUCCCUACACAGCCAAUGUUACAUGGCAGCAUACGUCCCUACCCAGCCAAUGGCACAUGACAGCAUACAGCACUACCCAGCCUAUGUCACAUGGCGGCAUACAUCCCUGCACAGCCCAUGUCACAUGACAGCAUACGUCCCUACCCAGCCAAUGGCACAUGGCGGCACACAUCACUACCCAGCCUGUGGCACAUGGCGGCAUACGUCCCUACCCAGCCUAUGUCACAUGACAGCAUACAGCACUAGCCAGCCUAUGUCACAUGGCGGCAUACAUCCCUACCCAGCCUAUGGCACAUGGUGGCACACAUCCCUACACAGCCUAUGGCACAUGGCGGCAAACAUCACUACCCAGCCUUUGUCACAUGGCAGCAUACAUCAUCCCUACCCAGCCUAUGGCACAUGGCGGCACACAUCGCUACACAGCCUAUGUCACAUGGCGGCAUACAUCCCUACACAGCCCAUGUCACAUGGCAGCAUACGUCCCUACCCAGCCUAUGGCACAUGGCGGCACACAUCACUACCCAGCCUGUGCUACAUGGCGGCAUAUGUCCCUACCCAGCCUAUGUCACAUGACAGCAUACAGCACUACCCAGCCUAUGUCACAUGGCGGCAUACAUCCCUACACAGGCCAUGUCACAUGGCAGCAUACGUCCCUACCCAGCCAAUGGCACAUGGCGGCACACAUCACUACCCAGCCUGUGGCACAUGGCGGCAUACGUCCCUACACAGCCUAUGUCACAUGACAGCAUACAGCACUAGCCAGCCUAUGUCACAUGGCGGCAUACAUCCCUACACAGCCUAUGGCACAUGGCAGCACACAUCCCUACACAGCCUAUGGCACAUGGCGGCAAACAUCAGUGGGCUUAGUUUCCUGCGCUUGGGCCUUUAUUAUUUUCAUACAGUUAUACAAUUCUGGUUACAUUUGUUGAAUGUUCUAAUAAUGGAUACAUUAAAUGAUAAAUUGUCAUUUCGUGACGUUUGUUGAUAAGUAAGCAAACUUUGAAAGAUAAAUUGUUAGAGAUAAGGAAACUGUUAUAAUUAACUGUUAACUGUUAUGUCUGUCUAGUGGCCAGGUCAAGUCUUGCAAUCUGAUGACACAGGCAUCCUCCGCCGACACCUGGUGGCACAUAUGCAAUUUCCCAAUGAGUGACGUAAACUCGUUCACACCCAUAGACAUUGGAGUGUCUAAAAGUGACAACAGCAGCAAAGUGAUGUACAGGAAGACGGUAUACACCGACCAAGUGGGUAAGAAUUGACAGGAAUAAAAUAUUUUAUGUGUUAUCUAAACCAGUGGAGAUGUUUUCAGAAUUACUGUAAGUGUGCGAAACGAGUAGGGACUGACAAACAUUGUACUUUAUCUCCUACAAGUGUUCUUGGAGCCUCCCAGGAAUGUGACAGUGAAAGAGACAAACACUCCUCGAGUCUAUAUGGUAUUCUGGGAGCCACCCAUCAUGAGCUUCGAGGACAGCAUUACAUAUCAGGUCAGAUGCACACCCACAAACGAUGACGAGCAAAUGGUAAGCAGCCUGGUUCAUAGCGUGUGUCUUUAUACAGCGCGGUGUGUUCAUUAUCAGUGUAUAGAUACUCAAUAUUAUUAUACAGUGCAGUGUGUUCGUUAUCAGUGUAUAGAUACUCAGUAUUAUUAUACAGUGCAGUGUGUUCAUUAUCAGUGUAUAGAUACUCAAUAUUAUUAUACAGUGCAGUGUGUUCAUUAUCACUGUAUAGAUACUCAGUAUUAUUAUACAGUGUGUUCAUUAUCAGUGUAUAGAUACUCAGUAUUAUUAUACAGCGCAGUGUGUUCAUUAUCAGUGUAUAGAUACUCAGUAUCAUUAUACAGCGCGGUGUGUUCAUUAUCAGUGUAUAGAUACUCAGUAUUAUUAUACAGCGCAGUGUGUUCAUUAUCAGUGUAUAGAUACUCAGUAUUAUUAUACAGUGCAGCGUGUUCAUUAUCAGUGUAUAGAUACUCAAUAUUAUUAUACAGUGCAGUGUGUUCAUUAUCACUGUAUAGAUACUCAGUAUUAUUAUACAGUGCAGUGAGUUCAAUAUCAGUGUAUAGAUACUCUGUAUUAUUAUACUGCGCAGUGUGUUCAUUAUCAGUGUAUAGAUACUCAGUAUUAUUAUACAGUGCAGUGUGUUCAUUAUCAGUGUAUAGAUACUCAGUAUCAUUAUACAGCGCAGUGUGUUCAUUAUCAGUGUAUAGAUACUCAAUAUUAUUAUACAGUGCAGUGUGUUCAUUAUCACUGUAUAGAUACUCAGUAUUAUUAUACAGUGUGUUCAUUAUCAGUGUAUAGAUACUCAGUAUUAUUAUAUAGUGCAGCGUGUUCAUUAUCAGUGUAUAGAUACUCAGUAUUAUUAUACAGCGCAGUGUGUUCAUUAUCAGUGUAUAGAUACUCAAUAUUAUUAUACAGUGCAGUGUGUUCAUUAUCACUGUAUAGAUACUCAGUAUUAUUAUACAGUGUGUUCAUUAUCAGUGUAUAGAUACUCAGUAUUAUUAUACAGCGCAGUGUGUUCAUUAUCAGUGUAUAGAUACUCAAUAUUAUUAUACAGUGCAGUGUGUUCAUUAUCACUGUAUAGAUACUCAGUAUUAUUAUACAGUGUGUUCAUUAUCAGUGUAUAGAUACUCAGUAUUAUUAUAAAGUGCAGUGUGUUCAUUAUCAGUGUAUAGAUACUCAAUAUUAUUAUACAGUGCAGUGUGUUCAUUAUCACUGUAUAGAUACUCAGUAUUAUUAUACAGUGUGUUCAUUAUCAGUGUAUAGAUACUCAGUAUUAUUAUACUGCGCAGUGUGUUCAUUAUCAGUGUAUAGAUACUCAGUAUUAUUAUACAGUGUUCAUUAUCAGUGUAUGGAUACUUUGUAUUAUUAUAUAGUGCAGUAUGUUUGUUAUCAGUGUAUAGAUACUUACGAUUAUUAUAUAGUGCAGUGUGUUCAUUAUCAGUGUAUAGAUACUCAGCAUUAUUAUACAGUGCAGUGUGUUCAUUAUCAGUGUAUAGUUACUCAGUAUUAUUAUACAGUGCAGUGUGUUCAUUAUCAGUGUAUAGAUACUUAGUAUUAUUAUAUAGUGCAGUGUGUUUAUUAUCAGUGUAUAGAUACUCAGCAUUAUUAUACAGCGCAGUGUGUUUAUUAUCAGUGUAUAGAUACUCAGUAUUAUUAUACAGCGCAGUGUGUUCGUUAUCAGUGUAUAGAUACUCAGUAUUAUUAUACAGUGCAGUGUGUUUAUUAUCAGUGUAUAGAUACUCAGAAUUAUUAUACAGCACAGUGUGUUCAUUAUCAGUGUAUAGAUACUCAGCAUUAUUAUACAGCACAGUGUGUUCAUUAUCAGUGUAUAGAUACUCAGUAUCAUUAUACAGUGCAGUGUGUUCAUUAUCAGUGUAUAGAUACUCAGUAUUAUUAUGCACCGCAGUGUGUUCAUUAUCAGUGUAUAGAUACUCAGUAUCAUUAUACAGUGCAGUGCGUUUAUUAUCAGUGUAUAGAUACUCAGUAUUAUUAUACAGCGCAGUGUGUUCAUUAUCAGUAAUAGAUACUCAGUAUUAUUGUACAGCACAGUGUGUUCAUUAUCAGUGUAUAGAUACUCAGCAUUAUUAUACAGGAAGCAUUUGAGUAUUAUGUAAUAAUCUCUCUGCUGUUGUUUCAGAAUGAAGGUGAUGGUAUCACAGGGCAGAACAAUUUUUUGCUGACACCGCUUAACGCUAAUACUCGCUAUUCAAUCCGAGUGAGGGCCAAAAUGAAUGGCUAUUCAUAUAAUGGGUACUGGAGCGAGUGGACUCAGCCAAUAGUUGUACAGACAGGUAAGACCAAACACACAAACAAAACAACUGCAAAUACAUGCUCCAAAUUAAUUAAAUGUCUGGGGAAAUAAACAAACACAUCAAGACUUUGUCUCUGUAAUUCUCCUCCGCCUGACUUUCUUUGACACAAGGCCGAGCUACAGAGCCAGUCCCUGCAGCCAUCAUCAGUGACGGCUUUAAGGAAUGGGCUUUUUCUGUGGAGAAUCCCAUGGUCUCGCAUGAUUGCCCAUAGCCCUCAAUGCUGCACUAGAUCAAGGAGGUGGCGGGAUCAAGGGACAGGUUCAUGUGAGUAAACUCACCUUUACUUACCACCACCACCACCGGGCCACCAGCGGCGAUGUCACAGUCUGGGGACUUUGGGAAUUUGGCCCCAAACGUUAACAGUGCCUCUUUAAAUAAUUUGAAAAACAUAUUCGAUAAUAGUAAAUCAGCACUAAGUGAGUGAAUAAAGAGAUGGAAGGUGUAAGUUUGAGGACUUGUGGAGAUGAGGUGGAAUGUGACCUGUUUGUUUAUGUUUUAGGCUUUGAUCCGUUAUACAUUGUGCUGUGUGUGGCAGUUGCGUUGUUGAUGGUCAUCAUACCACUAUUCCUGUUACUGAAAUAUAUCAGGUAAGUAAUGAACCCCCAUAAAAACAACUCUUUAUUUAAAAGGACAAUAUCAGGGUUUUUUGUGGCUAACUGAGGCUUUUUUUAUGAUUUUGCUUCACUUUUACGUAUACUAUCUGCUUUGUAGCAUUCGUAUAGAAGACAUGUUUACACUUAUAAUAUAAUGGAAAAUUAAUCAAAAUCCUUAGUAGAUUUCCUCUCCCCCCCUAUUAUUAUAGCUUUUAUUAUUAAACCCAAUAUAUAAUUGAGGGCUUGUGUAAAAUGUCAUGGCUGUUGCUAUGUUUGUAUUUGCUACUCUGUAACAUUUCCUGGUUUAUCUUUGUUUCAGUAUCAUUAAACACAAGAUUUGGCCACAGGUCCCCACCCCAGAGAGCCACUUUCAAGACCUCUUCACAAUCCAUAAGGGGAAUUUUCAGGUACAGUUCAGUUCUUCAAUCUAUUUUUUUUUUCCUUUUAAAUUAAGUUUCAGACCUGACUCUAUAGCCACCAGAACAACUACAGCUUAUUGAAUUUGUUCUGGUGAGUAGAAGCAUUCCCUUCAGGCUCUUUGCUGUAAACACUGUCUUUUCAGAGAAAAUGCAGUGUUUACAUUACAGCCUAGUGAUAACUUCACUGGCCACUCCUCAGAUGGCUGCUAGAGGUGCUUCCUGUGGCAGUGCUGCACAGUGUGCCUGACCCUAUAGUGUUCCUUGGUUAUAUUGAUAGGAAAAGUCGAUUUUAUAAACAAGUUUUAGAUGCAUAGACAACUGCGAUUAGAAUAAUUACAUUUUAAGUUCAACUCAUUGAGUAUAACUGGGAAAAUGUAGAUUUAGUUGCAUGGUGAGCAGGUGAUGUUUAGUAACAUGGCGAGCAGGUGAGGUUUAGUAUCAAAGAGUGUUCAGGUGAAGUUUUUUUAACGUGGUGAACACGUACGGUUUAGUACCACGAUGCGUACAUGGGGUAUAGUAACAUGAUGAGCAGGUGAGGUUUGGGGUAAUCCCAGGUUUAAGUUUGUAAUUUCUGAUUUAAGAAUCCUUAUUCUCUGUCAAACCCAUUUAUUGUGUUUCUUUUAUCUGCAGCUAUGGCUUGGCCAAGCAGACUUCUACCUCAUGUGGUUCUCCAGACAUAUCUUCUAUGAAGCCCCGUACUCUGCUUUGGAAGUUCUUUCAGAAUUGCCAUCCGCACCAAUGCCACAGUGCCCUGCUAUACAGCUGCCCUCCAAGGAUAACUAUGUUAUAUUAAAUGAUAAUAUCAUGCCACAGCUCCCUGCAAUGGUAAAUGGCAGAUGGCAGCCGUUCAGCUGGACAGAGCCACCAGGGAGGGAAUCCAUUGUGUUCAAUCCUGAGCCUGAGGAGACUACAAAAAGGAAGAAUGGACUAGUAGGGUUUGGCUGGCUGGAGACUCAGAGUACCGAAACCAACCAUACAGAUUCUGGUGUUGGUGAGGCAUCCACUAUUGAGAAAAGUCAGGAGGAAACAUUUAAAUGUGAAAAUGACAUGAUAAAGGGUCCCAAAAUAGAGAGUGACUGGUUGAAGAUGUCAUUUGUGGAUAACUAUUGCCCCGAGGAAGGGAAGCAGAGUCCAGCCUCUAGCUUUGAGUAUACUAUAGUGGAGACAUGCGAUGGACUCCUAUCUCCCAAACCACGUCCACUACCUCCUUCUCCUCCAUCUUUGAAGUAUGCAUAUCUUCUCAUGUCUGACUCUGGAGAAGAAAGUCGUCCUCCAUCUCCCAAUCUUUAUCAGAACAACCAAUUUCUACCCCCUCUUUACUCACAAUGCUAACUGCAUUUUUAGGUGGUGAUGUAAAGGAGCAAGAAAGGCUCGAAAGUUUCAGAAAUAAAUGAGUCAAAAAUGAGCAAAGAAUCGGGAAGGACAAGUAUUUGGAGCAUUGGAUUUUCCUGAAGGCAAUAUAUGUACACAUAAUCCAAUAAUGCUCCACAAAAUGUUACAAUCCUGGCAUCAUUCCCAUGAAUCCUUCAUAUUCAAUGAAUUACACGGACCCGUGAAAUACUUCAUUUUUCAUCCCAUAGAAUGGAAGACUUUUAAAAAUGGAAAAUGUGAUGAUUCAUUUCUAACCUGUCAAGACUGAUCUUCCAUUGUUUGUGCAGUGUAGUUGAAGGUCUUGGAGCUGUAGUUGAAAUAUGAUGCUCUUGUCUCCAUGGUCUUCAAAAUCAGAGACAGUCUUACUCCAAUAGGUUCCCCGAAAACUGAAACUGUAUUACACUGUUCUACCGUAACCAAAUCUUUAAACUUUUUAUACACUCUCAUUCCAACUAUUUUUUAAAUAAGCUGAUGUUGCACUAUUUAGUGUGGUGCCCUAAAGGAGUGGUUUACAACCUUUACAGAGCCAAAGCACACUUCAAUGAGAUAAAUGAUUCCUAGGCCCACCUACCUUUUUGGUUUCUUUCUAUCUUUGUCAGCUGCUUAUACACUUCACACUCAAUCAAAUAUUACGAAAGAGACAUAUACUCCUAGACAAACUGACCUGUUAAUGCUGACAUCUGUUUUAAAAACUUAUAUUUAGCACUGCAGUCAACUUAUUACAGCCAUUGACUCAAUUUGCUCAUGGCACAUGUAGGUAGCUUAAGGCCAACCAGCAAGCCACGAAACAGUGGUCAAAAACCAUUUGUCUUGGAAGCCACCAUGUUCGUUGACUUGAUUUUGUUGGGUGUGGGAGUUCUUGGAAAUGUUUCUGUUAAAGCGAAGGGUCAUCUCUGAACAAAUCCAUGGAGUUUUAAUAACUAGAAAGGAAAGAAGCAAAAAGGAUUCAGAGUCGAAAGUUGAGAGGAGGAGAGCGUUUUUGUUUUGGUUUUGGGGUUUUUUCGGAGAGAGAAGGAGGUUUAUGGUGGGGGAAAGAAAUCAGUUGUGUUGUGUUGUUUAUAUGUAAAAUAAAACUGUAAUAUAUAGCUUAUUACUGCCAUUUAUAUGUAUAAGGAAAUAUAAGGUGGUUAAUAACCACCUAAUAUGUGAUGCGUGCCAAGUCUUUGUGGUUGGAAGAAGACAUUCCCUUUGAUGUAAAAAAACAUAUCAAUUAUUAUUUUCAAAAGUUGUUAUUUUUGUCACUGAGCAAUAUUUUAAAGGGAAACUAUAGUGCUAGGAAAAUCUCACACUAUACCUCCCUGUAGUGCCACCCUCACUCGCCUCCCCCCUUCCCUCUCCAUGGAACACUGAUGUCCCUCAGCCCUGGUCCUGACUCUGCCUCUGGUCCUCCACCGACAUCAGUCGGCAGGGGGGACCUAAUGCGUAGUGAGCGCAGUGCUCGCAUUAGAACUUUUCUUAUAUGAGAGCAUUAAAGCUUUGUAUAAUGCUUUCCUAUGGGAUUUUGCAUGACGCUGGAUGUCCUCAUGCAGAACGUGAAACUGUCCAGCGUCAGUUACAUGACCAAAAGUUGCCUUAUGAUCUGGAAGUCCCUCUGAUGGUUGUCUAGUAGACAGUCGCUAGAGGUGGAGUUAACCUACCAAGGUAAUCAUGGCAGUUUAUAAAAAAAUUGCAAUAAUUACAAUUGCAGGGUUAAGGAGCCUGGGACACUGCACUAAGACCACUUCAAUAAGCUGAAGUAGUCUGGGUACCCAUAGUGUCCCUUUAAUUGUUACUUUGAAAAACAAUGUGUUUGCAAUCAGAUGUUAAGAACCUCUACUAUAGAUUUUGUAAAUAUACAUUUGUAUGCCUCUGGCCAUGUGUCUUCAUGAAUAUUACAAUUUAUUUUAAAUUAAAAUUUAUAUUUUUGUAUUUUUUGAAACAUUGUGAUUGUGAUAUUGAAAUUAAACUAGACAAAUGGUGGAUUGUGUCUCCAUACAGAAAAAAAAAAAACAUUCAAUAAUAAGGGCCUUAAUUUUAUAUUAUUGCACAAGCUUUUGAAAUAAUUUUAUAUUUUUGGCUUAACUUUUUUUUAAAAAAUGUUUUUUUUAAAUAUACAAAUUUCGAAAAAGAUGUCAUAUAUAAAAAAA